GUCUCCCUUCCUCUCUGAGCAGGUCCAGGUCCUGCGCGCUGGGCUCCGGGGCGGUGGGCGCUCCGUCCGCAGGGGGAGGAACCCGCCAAGCCUGCUGGCCGCGAACAAAACCGGAGAGGCAGCAAAAAGUUGUGCUAAGUUUGUGGUGACAGGCGGCCGGAGAGUGUUGCGCUCCGACCGACCGACCGACCGACGCUCAGCGGCAGCAGCAGCAGCAGCAGCUCGGAGGGGAAGAUGGCGCGGCGCCGCGGCCGUGCCACGUCUCGGUCUACCGAGCACACAAGUCCCGGGAAGGUCGCAGAAUCCGCCGUGUGGCUGAGUUUGUGGCUCCUGCUCGUUCCCUCCGCCGCGGAGGCCGGACUGUACACCGCCUCCGACCAGAUCCUGGUGCUCUCUCCGGCGAACGUGGAGUCGGCGUUGAUCAACUCCACAGCUGCGAUGGUCGUGGAGUUUUACGCUUCGUGGUGCGGACACUGCAUCGCCUUCUCUCCGGUUUACAAGAGCCUGGCCAGAGACAUUAAAGAGUGGAAGCCAGCUGUGAACCUGGCAGCCGUGGACUGCGCAUCGGAGGAGAACAGGAAGGUCUGCACGAGCUACAAGAUCAGAGGGUAUCCCACCAUCAAGUUCUUCCACGCGUACUCGGCCGCUGAUUCCACAGGACUGUCGUUUAAAGAUUUUUCCCGUGACGUUCGGAGUCUCCGUCACAAGAUCAUCGACAAAAUGGAGACUCACCACGAGCCGUGGCCUCCUGCCUGCCCCCCGCUGGAGCCCACCAGCCAAGCAGAGAUCGACAUCUUCUUUGAGAACAACAACGUUCAACAUCUGGCUCUGAUCUUUGAAGACGCUAAAUCCUACAUCGGCCGAGAGGUGACUCUGGACCUGCUGCAGUUCGAGAACAUCGCGGUGCGACGGGUUCUGAACACUGAGGCCGGUCUGGUGUCCAAACUGGGAGUGACGGAGUUCCCGUCGUGUUAUCUUUAUUACCCGGGAGGAAACUUCAGCAGACUCUCAGUCAACAUCGAGGCUCGCACUUUCUACUCGUACGCCCUCCAGAGGCUGCCGGGGGUGGUGCGGUCCGGGAGGCCUCCGUCGUUCGCCACCUUCUUCCGCAUCAACACCACCGAGGAGCCGUGGAGGCCGUUCAACAAGUCCAGAGUGUACAUGGCGGACCUGGAGUCGACGCUGCACUACGCCCUCAGGGUGGAGCUGGCUGCUCAUCCCGUCAUCAGAGGAGAAGCUCUGACGUCUCUGAAGAAGUUCGUCUCCGUCCUGACCAAGGUAGAGACAAGAAAACACUUCCUACACACGAUCAGAAAGACGCUGGUGGAGCAUCGAGAGAGAAAAGCUUCAUUGUAGCUUUAUCAGAAUCCACAGAUUUAAAAACAAAAAAUAUCCAAAUUAAUUUAAAAAACCUGCAAGACAAAGAUCUGGGAAAAAAACAACAUUUUUAUGAAGCGUUUCCAUCAGACUUCAAUAAGCACAAUAAGCUUUUUUAUUGAGCUUUCCCUCCGUUUACUUUAUCUUUGAGGGUUUUUUUGAACCGCUGUGAUCAGAAUCUUCCUUCUUCACUGAAAGCUGGUAGAAAUCAGAAGCGAUGAACUUGAUGCAGCUGCAGCAGGUCACCACUAGAUGGAGGAUUA